AUGCCAGCCGCCACGGUGGGCCAGACACCGUCUCUGACGACCUUCCUCAAAUCCCUCAAAACCAGCUCCGUCGAAAGCUCCAUCGAAUUGCUCGCGUCGCUGCUCAAGCGCCGACAGAUCAAGAACUCCCGACAAUGUGCCCUGGCCACGGCACAGCUGCUCCGUCGGGUUGUUGGCGCUGAGCGGAUCAAGGAUCCGCAAAAACUCAUCGACCGGAUCCGAGAUGUUGGCCGGCGACUGGUAGCUGCUCAGCCACGGGAAAUGGCGGUGGGUAAUAUCGUUCGCCGGGUCUUGGGCGUAGUGAGAGAAGUGGUGGAGGAACAGUUGGGAGACGACGGCAGUGGGAGCAGCGGGCCGAGCACGCCAACAUCUCCUACCUCUCGCGCACCCAAACGACCCAUGAUCUCGCAUACCUUCUCUAGCUUUACACCUCUGAGCCAUGGAGCAGCAAUGCCAUACGAUAUGCAUCCUCGCCCGGGCACGCCCGGCAGCAGUUCGCCAUCUGGAGUGGACCGUUUGGCAGAUGCCACUGCCGCUGCGCGAAGGCCAGGACUUGCGACUUCGGCUUCAUACGCCAGUAUAGCACCAACAAAUGCCUCCCUCCUUAGCUUCUUGGAGCACCCUUUGGGCCGAUCACCAGGCGCCACGCCACCGGCCACAAGCUCGCCUCGCAUGACACCAGUUCAGAGCAGUAUGGAACUGAAUAAGGAGAAAAUCGACAUCAAGGCUGAAGUCAUCGACGGCAUAAAAGAUCUCCUUGACGAGCUUGAGGUGGUCGACAGUCAAAUCGCCGAGUCAGCCCUCGACCAUAUUCACAGCAACGAGACCAUCCUCACUCACACAUCCUCUCAAACCGUGCAGAAAUUUCUGGCCACCGCAGCCCGGAAGCGCAAGUUUACCGUCAUCCACGCAGAGGCUUACCCGAACGAUCACGAGGCUACGCACGCCACCAUCCUAAACGGUGGCAAGAAGUCUACUGGCGACGACGAUGAAGUUGACGACCGCUGGAAGCCGUUGACCGCACUCGGCAUCACCGUCAUCAUGAUCCCGGACACCGCGGUUUUCGCGCUCAUGUCGCGCAUCAACAAGGUCAUCCUUGCUCCCCACACCGUCCUAGCCAACGGCAGCCUUCUCGCAGCAGCAGGCGCCAGCACUAUCGCGCUCGCCGCUCAAGCACACCGCGUACCUGUUGUUGUGCUCUCUGGCGUCUACAAGCUCAGUCCUGUCUAUCCAUUCGAUACCCAGGAGCUGAUCGAAUACGGCGACCCUGGGAAGGUGGUGCCAUUUGAGGAAGGGGAGUUCAUGGACAAGGUGGAUGUGGUUAAUCCGGUCUACGACUGGGUGGAUGCGGAGCUGGUGAGCCUGUACGUGACGAACCUGGGCGGUUGUGCACCGAGCUUCCUGUACAGGAUCGUUGCAGAUCACUAUCGAAUGGAGGAUGUAGAUUUGGGUGCGAAGUCGGGAUAG